AUGGAUUUCCUCAAGAAGAAGAUGAAGGAGUUGAUGGAUGAUGAUGACAAGAAGGAGAGCAAGCCCUCUGAUUCCCAUGGCGGUUCGCACGGCAGCGGUGGGCAUGACACGCGAGGUUACGACCCUAAUGCAGGUGGAUACCCACCUCAGCAACACGAGCAAUACCCUCAACAGGGUUACCCGCAACAGUACCCUCAACAGGCUGGCUAUCCUCCACAACAGCAUCAGCAGGGCUACCCGCAACAACAGCCCUACGGCCAGCAAGGCUAUGGCUCGCCUGCACCCCAAGGCCCGCCUGCACCCUACGGUGCGCCUCCACCAAUGCCUCCCGGCUGGGUCGCACAAUUCGACCAGAACAGCCAGAAGUGGUUCUAUAUAGACCAAGCCACCGGUCGCAGCCAGUGGGAACCUCCCGCACACGCACCUCCGGCUCAAGGCCCGUACGCGCCCCCACCCAGCGGCCCUCCAGGUGCGGCAUACGGUCAAGGAGGUAGUCACGAUGAGCGUGGUCUCUUCGGUGCCUCGCACGACCAAAGCCAUGGUGGCUACCCAGGCGGCCAUGGUGACCCUUACGCCCCAGGUGGUGGUCAUGGCGAUCCUUACGGCGAGAAGGAAAAGGACAAGAAGGAGAAGAAAGACAAGGGUCACUCGACUGCUAUGUUGGCCGCCGCUGGUGUCGGUGGUGUAGCUGCUGGCGCCUGGAUCGGACACGAGCUCACCGAGGACUCAGACGACGACACAAAGGCCGUCCAGAACAACUACUACGGCGCUGCCCCCGCUGCCGCUGCCCCCGCCCCCAUUGCCGCAACUCCCGCCGAGCCCUCUGCUUUCCAAGAGCCGCCGCCAGUUCCGACGCACGAUGAGGAUGGCGACUCCAUCUCCAGCAGCGAUCGCGAGUCGCUCGAGGAGAAGCGGGAAGAGCUCAUCGAGGCGCAGGAAGAGUAUGAAGAAGAGCUCGAAGAGGCGUACGAUGACUAG